AUGUUCCUUCUCAGCGACAAGCUAGAGGACGACGCGCUCGUCACCUGGCGAGCCUUGUUGCAGAAAGUUCCGGGCACGUCCAAGGAGCGCCUGCUGCAGGUUCAACAAGUCGCGAGGACGAACUGUGAUCUCGUCAUCUACGUGAACACAGCUGCAGCCAUGAGGGACGGCGCGCGAUUUUUCCAGAGCACCAAUGGAGUCAUUCUUACGCAGGGCUUCACAGGACAGCUCCCGCCGAGAUACAUCUCCGAAGUGCGUAUCCUUGACGGUGGUCGGGAUUACACGUUUUCCAAUCUGGCUCUUCCUCCGCCAGAGCUUUCUGCUUGCUGCCAGCGCCAGAGGCGGCAGGCACCCACACAAGCCGCAACCCUGCGUUGGCUGAGGGCGGUGACAUCGCGAAGUGACGAUGACAUGGUCGGGCACGUCAGCCGCAAUGAGCACUCCGCGUUGAUCUACCUUAGGUCUUGGAAGCCAUGGGCGUUUGCUCCGCCAUGCCUGCGCGAGAGAAAGUUGGUGCACAACUGA